CGAUUUCAUGGCGAUCUAUAGUCCACCAGUAAUAAAUGACAUACACUUGCAUCAGUAUGACGAGAAUUCCUCCGAAAAUAGCAGUAACGUAUGGAAUUACAGUGAUCAAGACAGCGAUUCUGAUCACGGCUAUGAUUCAUACAACAAUCUGAACGAUACCGUAACUGGUCAAAAUCGUAGAUACCCAGACAAUGGCUUUCAAUUUCACAUGGAUACUAUGGAAAAUACAUCUUUCACGACUUCUGAUUCAUUCUUCAAUCCUUUGCCGCCAAAUGACUUUAGCGAAUAUGACCCUUCAAGCGAGGGUCCUAGUUCGCCUGAUAGUAUUUAUGGUGGUAAUAAUGAAAUCAAGAAGCCUAUAAAAGAUAAUCGUCGCCGUAAGAAGUUUAAAGGUGAAGCGUCUCAACCGCUAACCUUAUGGGAGUAUAUCCUGAUGAAUUUAAUUGCACCAGAAUCGAAGGAAUUCGUCAAAUGGAGUAAUGAAGCUAAUGGCGAAUUUAUCAUCAAAGACUCUAAAUUGCUUGCAGAAUCGUGGGGGAUUCAUAAAUGCAAGCAGCCUACGACGUAUGAAAACUUGUCCAGAUCAUUACGCUAUUACUAUGGAGAAAAGAUCCUGGAAAAAGUACAACAUCGCCGUUUAAUGUACAGAUUUAUCAAGCGUGAACAAUUUAAUAAUUCUAAACAAAGAUACUUAAAUUUAAAAAGGAAGAGACCGAUUUUGAGCAAAACGUUUUAGUACCAUGUUAACGUUCCCUUUUUCACCGAAUGCGGUGAGCUUAGUGGGAGUUUAAAGGUGGUAAUACCGAUUUAGCUUCGAUGUUGUCUGUAGUGGUAGUUUAACAAGGAUGAUUUUAAUUUAUCUGAGUAAAGUUUAAAAGUAAACUAUCGAGUUGAUUUGCUUCUCUACUAUGAAAUUAAAAUAGACCAAGUAAAUAUUAUUCUAAAAAGAAAUGAAGAUUUAAUGUUAUGUAAUGUUAUAUAGUACGUCUCUUUCCGCAGUAUUGUACCAGAAUUCAACAGGACAACGUGAUGUUGUACAAUACUGAAUUUUAUCCAUAGAUAUGUAAUGAAGAUUAGCUGUUUUUAUUCUUGAAAGAAGCUGUUGAAGUAAACUAUUGUGCACAGUAGUAUUUCUUCAAUUGCCGUUUAGAUAGCAUUGACAAAAGUAGUGCAGCUAGUUUUAGUGCUUACGCUUAUUCUGUGUAGACCAGACAACAUCGAUGUUUAGUUUAGUCAGUCAGUUUAUAAAAGAAAACAUUUUAUUAACUACACUUGUCAUUAACUCAUAUUGCAGCAUCGCUGUUGCCCCAUGUGUUAAUUUCCAAAAUAUGCAUGGAAAGCGAUUGUUGUAUUCUGCAACUGAUCAAUUCAUGUUUGAGCUUAUACGCGUCUAUGUAAUGUUGUAACUUAGCUGAUAACUGUUAAUGAAGUACAUGGAAUUACUUAGCUACAUACCGUGCGUAUAACCAAUAUGGCAAGGUAGAUCUUGUUUUAACUAGAGUUAGAAAUGCAUAGGUUGGUGUUGAUUAACUGUGAUUAUAAAUAAAACCGUAGCUUGUAG